AUGGCGAGGAAGCUCACUGUAUUGGAAGUCCUUCUGAUUGUCUUCAUCAUAAUCAUACUUGCCUUAGAUAUCCUCCUGCUGCUUCUUGUGUUGGAGAAUCCUUCAGAUACAGAAAAUCUUCCAGUGUGCCCAGAGAUCCCUGAAUCAGAAAGGAUAGACUGUGCGCCUGGCCAGGUGGUGACAGAGGCUGUCUGCAGAUGGCAACAUAAAUGCUGCUGGAAGCCUGGGUCAGAUGCUGAUGUCCCUACAUGCUUCUUCCCCAGGAACUGGGGCUAUAAUGUCAGCAAUGACUAUAAAAAUACAAGCGCAGGGUUUACUGCCCAGUUGAAAAGGUUGUCAUCCCCAUCUCUGUUUGGAUAUGAUAUCGUCGACACCCUCUUCACAGCUGAAUAUCAGACAGCCAAUCGUUUUCAUUUCAAGAUCACUGAUUUCAAUAACAUGCGCUAUGAAGUCCCCCAUGAAAAUAUUCAGCUGUUUAAUGAGACUGUUGAUACCUCCAAUUUGAGCUAUCACAUAGAGGUCACUCAUAUACCCUUCAGCAUCAAAAUAAUGAGGACGAGCAACAAAAGAGUCUUGUUGGACACGAGCAUUGGGCCCCUCCUGUUUGCCCAGCAGUACCUGCAGCUGUCUUUCCGACUGCCCAGCGCCAACGUGUAUGGGCUGGGGGAACAUGUGCACCAGCAGUACCGUCACAACAUGACCUGGGAGACCUGGCCCAUCUUCACCCGGGAUGCCACCCCCACUGAGGGCAUGAAUAAUCUGUAUGGAGCUCAUACAUUCUUCUUGUGCCUUGAAGACACCAGCGGCUCCUCUUUUGGGGUUUUUCUGUUGAACAGCAAUGCUAUGGAGGUCACCCUUCAGCCCGCCCCUGCAAUCACUUACCGCACCACUGGGGGCAUUCUUGACUUUUAUGUGUUCCUGGGAAACACUCCAGAACAAGUGGUGCAGGAAUACCUGGAGCUUGUUGGUCGACCAUUCUUGCCUUCAUACUGGAGUCUUGGGUUCCAGCUUAGUCGCAGAAAUUAUGGUGGCAUCAACGGAUUGAAAGAGGUUGUAGAUCGAAAUCGUGCAGCUGGGAUCCCAUAUGAUGUCCAGUAUUCUGACAUAGACUACAUGGAUGGAAAGAAGGAUUUCACUAUUGAUGAAAAGGCGUUCCCUGGUCUCUCAAAUUUUAUCAAAGACUUACAUAGCAAUGGAAUGAAAUAUGUAAUUGCUAUGAAUCCUGGCAUCUCAAAUAACUCUGACUACCUGCCCUAUGUGAAUGGGACAAAAAAGAGAGUAUGGAUCUUGGAUGACAAUGGCUUUGUCACUGGGCAGGGAUAUCCCGGAUGGACAGUCUUUCCCGAUUAUAGUAAUCCCAUUUGUACUGAGUGGUGGACAGAGGAGUUCAGUGAAUUUCAUAAAACUCUGGAGUUUGAUGGAGUCUGGAUUGAAAUGGAUGAAGUAUCUAGUUUUCUCCAAGGUUCUGAUCAUGAGUGUGAAUCAAACAACUUGAACUUUCCUCCUUUCACUCCUCGAGUCCUGGACCACUUCCUUUUUGCAAGAACCCUCUGCAUGGACACGGUGUUUCACUCGGGCCUUCACUAUGAUGUCCACAGCUUGUAUGGCUACUCCAUGGCAAGAGCCACAGACUCGGCCAUGGAGAAUGUCUUCCCCAAUGAAAGGAACUUCAUUUUAUCCCGUUCUACUUUUGCUGGAUCUGGCAAAUUUGUUGCUCAUUGGUUGGGGGACAAUGCAGCCACAUGGGAUGAUCUCCGAUGGUCCAUCCCCAGUAUCCUUGAGUUCAACCUAUUUGGCAUCCCCCUGGUAGGUGCCAACAUCUGUGGUUAUAGAGAAGAUGUCGCAGAAGAACUCUGCAGAAGGUGGAUGCAGCUUGGAGCAUUUUAUCCACUAUCAAGGAAUCAUAAUGGGCCUGACUUCAGGGACCAGGAUCCUGCAGCCUUUGGUGAAAACUCUCAGCUGUUGAAUUCCUCCAGACACUAUCUGAACAUCCGGUACACCCUGCUGCCUUAUCUCUACAGCCUCUUCUACCGCGCUCAUACCCUGGGGGAGACUGUAGCAAGGCCCCUUGUUCAUGAGUUCUACCAGGACCCAGCUACAUGGGAGGUGCACGAGCAGUUCUUAUGGGGGCCUGGACUCCUCAUCACGCCUGUUCUAUACGAAGGUGUGACCCAAGUGAAAGCAUACAUACCUGAUGCCAUCUGGUAUAACUAUGAGACGGGAGUAGCCAUCCAAUGGAGGAAACAAUUGGUGGAGAUGCUACUGUCAGAUGAAAAGAUAGGACUUCACCUUCGAGGGGGCUACAUAUUUCCCACCCAGCAGCCAAACACAACCACAGAGAACAGUCGGAAGAAUUCCCUUGGACUCAUUAUUGCUUUGGACUAUAAGAGAGAAGCAAAGGGGGAACUCUACUGGGAUGAUGGUGUAUCUAAAGAUGCUGUCACUGAAAAGAAUUAUAUUUUGUAUGAUUUUUCCGUCACCUCUAACCGUCUACAGGCAAAGAUUAUAAAUGAUAAUUAUAUGGAUCCUAACAACCUCACGUUUACAAAUAUCACAAUCUUGGGAAUGGACAAGCAACCUACUAAUUUUACUGUCUUAUUUAAUAAUGCUGCCACCCCCAUUCCAAAUGUUGUCUACAGUGCUUCAACAAAGGUGGUGAGCAUCACUGAUCUUGAGGGACUGGUACUGGGACGAGAAUUCUCCAUCGGGUGGAAUCUUCCAGUCAGUGACCUGGAGAAGUUCAACUGUUACCCUGAGGACCCCAGUGCCUCCAAGGAGAGUUGUAGGCAGCGGGGGUGCCUUUGGGAGCACACAACUACUCCUGGUGUGCCCACCUGUUACUACGACACCAUCCCUAGUUAUGCAGCCAGUAACAUUCAGUACCUGCCCACGGGCAUCACCACAGACCUUGCCCUCUUGACAGCUCCCGAGUCAGUGGGAGCAGCGGCACCACCACCACCAUCAUCACGAGGUGCGCCACCCCCACCUGCAGCAGCAGCGGCCACCUCUGACGAUCUCUCUGCAAAGAUCGACUUCCUCCAAUUGAGCGUCAUCUACCACACAGAAAACAUGCUGCAGUUCAAGAUCUAUGACCCCAGGAAUAAAAGGUAUGAGGUCCCAGUGCCUCUGAACACCCCUCCCUCUCCAGUUGGCUCCCCUGAAAACCGUCUGUAUGAUGUCAGGAUUCAGAACAAUCCUUUCGGGAUCCAGAUUCGACGAAAAAGCUCCAAUACUGUGAUCUGGGAUUCUCAGCUCCCCGGCUUCACCUUCAACGAUAUGUUCCUGUCCAUUUCUACUCGCCUCCCUUCUGAGUACAUCUAUGGCUUUGGGGAAACUGAGCACACAGCUUUCAAAAGAAACAUGAGCUGGCACAUGUGGGGAAUGUUUGCUCGAGAUGAGCCACCAGCGUACAAGAAGAAUUCCUAUAGUGUCCACCCCUACUAUAUGGCACUGGAGGAGGAUGGCAGUGCCCAUGGAGUGCUCCUGCUAAACAGCAAUGCCAUGGAUGUGACAUUCCAGCCCACUCCUGCCCUGACGUACCGCACCACAGGAGGGAUUUUGGACUUUUAUAUGUUUUUGGGACCAACUCCGGAGCUUGUAACUCAGCAAUACACUGAGUUGGUCGGUCGGCCGGCAAUGAUUCCUUACUGGGCCUUGGGAUUCCAGCUGAGUCGCUAUGGAUACCAGAAUGAUACUGAAAUCUCCAAUUUGUAUGAUGCAAUGAUGGCAGCCCAGAUUCCCUAUGAUGUCCAGCAUGUAGACAUCGAUUACAUGGACCGGAAGCUGGACUUCACUCUCAGCUCCAGCUUUCAAAACCUUGGUCUCCUGAUUGAGCAAAUGAAGAAAGAUGGCAUGAGAUUUAUUCUCAUUCUGGACCCAGCCAUUUCUGGCAAUGAGACCCAGUACCUCACAUUCACCAGAGGGCAGGAAAACAACGUAUUCAUCAAAUGGCCUGACAACAGUGAUAUUGUCUGGGGAAAGGUUUGGCCAGAUCUGCCCAAUGUGAUUGUGGAUGGAUCCCUUGACCAGGAAACUCAGGUUGAGCUGUACAGAGCCUACGUUGCUUUUCCUGAUUUCUUGCGUAAUAGCACAGUCACAUGGUGGAAGAAGGAAAUAGAAGAGCUCUAUACAAACCCUCGAGAGCCAGAAAAGAGCUUGAAGUUUGAUGGAUUGUGGAUUGAUAUGAAUGAACCAUCGAACUUUGUGGAUGGAUCUGUCUGGGGCUGCAGAGAUGAAACUCUUAAUAAUCCACCCUAUGUGCCAUAUCUGGAGUCCAGGGACAAGGGUCUGAGCAGCAAAACCCUGUGCAUGGAGAGUCAGCAGGUCCUGCCAGAUGGCUCCCUGGUGCGGCACUACGAUGUGCACAGCCUUUACGGGUGGUCCCAGACCAGACCCACAUACGAAGCUGUGCAGGAGGUGACAGGACAGCGAGGGGUCAUCAUCACCCGCUCUACUUUCCCCUCUUCUGGCCGCUGGGGAGGACACUGGCUGGGAGACAACACGGCUGCAUGGGACCAGCUGAAGAAAUCUAUCAUUGGCAUGAUGGAGUUCAGUCUCUUUGGAAUAUCUUAUACGGGAGCAGAUAUUUGUGGGUUCUUUGGAGAUGCUGAAUAUGAGAUGUGUGUUCGUUGGAUGCAACUGGGGGCAUUUUAUCCAUUUUCCAGGAACCACAACACAUUCGGGACAAGGAGACAAGAUCCUGUGGCCUGGAAUUCAACCUUUGAGAUGAUCUCAAGAAACGUCCUCCAGACCAGAUACACCCUGCUACCUUACCUCUAUACUCUGAUGCAUAAAGCUCACGUUGAGGGCAGCACUGUUGUCCGACCCCUUCUCCAUGAGUUUACAGUUGACAACAAAACGUGGGAAAUAGACGAUCAGUUCAUGUUGGGACCCGCCAUCUUAAUCAGCCCCGUGCUAGAAAGUAACACUUUUGAGAUCCAUGCUUAUUUUCCCAGUGCUCGUUGGUAUGACUAUAGCACGGAAUCUGGCAAUACAGCCACAGGUGAGUGGAAAACCCUGCAGGCUCCCCUUGAUCACAUCAACCUUCACAUCAGAGGAGGCUACAUCCUGCCUUGGCAAGAGUCUGCAAUGAACACUUACUCCAGUCGACAAAAAUUUAUGGGAUUGAUUGUUGCUUUGGAUGACAAUGGGAAAGCCGAAGGUGAGAUGUUCUGGGAUGAUGGACAAAGUAUUGAUACCUAUGAAAAUGGAAACUAUUUCUUGGCAAAGUUUACAGCAGCUCAGAACAUAUUGAAAAUUCAGACCAUACACAAUAAGUAUUUGAGUGACUUGAAUCCCCUGAAAGUUGGAUAUAUUCGAAUCUGGGGGAUAAACUCUAUGUUUGUGACACAAGUGACCUUCACCUAUGACAACCAGCAAUUCAUGGAGACAAAUUUCAAGAGUGACCCUUACACUCAGACACUAACUAUUCAAUUGACUGACAAGGAUAUCAGCCUGGAAAAGUUAACUGAAAUUACUUGGAUUUAUGGUGAUCCUAUAGUUUUUACUACACCCGUGACAAGUACCUUCCCAACGAGUUCUCUACAUCCUUCUACAUCUUCUACUAAGGCUACCACUUCUGAGACUAUUAUCACUAGUUCUGCUAGUACAAGUACUCCUGCUGCUAGGACUACUACUACUCUUCCUAUCACAACCACUCCUUUCCCAACAAGUACUGAAGUUACAACUGGUACCACUGUUCCUAUUACUACUAUGCCUUCCCCAACAAAUACUCCUACUGUUAGUGGUACUAGUAAUACUAUUUCUGUCACAACUACUUCUUUCCAGACUCCUCCCACCACUCUAAUCCAUACUCUUAUUUCUACUCCUAACUCUACUCCUCCUAGCUUGAGCACAUUUCCAACCAGUAAUACAUUUACUACUGAUUUAAUCACUGAUUUUACUACACCUACUAAUGCAGACACCACUCAUCUCAACACCAUGGAUACACAAGGUACCAUGAUGAUGGAUGCUAUAGUUGCUACUACCAGCACCACAAAUAAUACCAGGAGUCCAGAUACCUCCAAAGAUAAAUUCACUGCACAUACCCAACCUGCUACAACUGAUUUUAUAAGCAUUUUCCCCCCAGAAGAAAUAACUGCUGCCUCCCUUAGCACUAUUAAUACUGCAAUGCUAACUUCUACAAAUCUGGGCAGUGGAACCUCUCCCGUCGUAACAAGUUCAAUAAAUAGCCUCACUACAGACAGUACAACAGUAAGUACACUUAAAUCUGCAGAUACUACCAUUGCUAUAGCAACUGUUACAGACACAUUAGUCUCUGCUACCCAGGACCUUAUUCACUUUCCCCCUUCCACUGAAGAUGUUAAAACUGCCACCACAGACAUCACACAGCUCACUACUCCCCAUUCUUCUCCUACUACAACACAAACUUUGAGCCACACAACGUUAAUUUCCACAAAUUUUUCUAAUCCAGCUUCUGUCAACGCUACUAACACAAGUACUACAUCCAUAACUAUGGAUUCAGUUACUAGAAAUAUUUUAGAUAGUACCACUUCAAGAAACACAAACACAAAUACAGGCUUCACCACAGUUACUAUGAUUACAAAUGCUACUCCUCUAGAAACUCAGGUCACUUCAGCUCUGCCUCCUACAGGCACCCAUGGUGCCACCACCGCAGAAAAUGAAUCAUUAAUGGCACUUACCAGAAUCAUUACCAUGACUAAUCCUCCACAUAUCCCUACUAAUGCUUUAAAUACCACAUCCAUUGGCACUGGAAAUAGCACUAUACCAAGCACCACCAAUGUAAAUAUUACCAAUAAAAUAACUGGUGUUACCAAUAUUAUAAGCACUCCCACUAGAGAUAGCCCAACUACUGUUGGUGGCAGCAUGACAACUAUUCCUAUUGUGAGUAAUUUUUCUACUACUACAGACCCCAAAAUUGCUAUUACUCAGGACUUUGCCACUUCCCCACGUACCAACACUACAGAUAUUGAAUCUACUACUAAAGCUACAGGAAAUGCCAUUAUAGCAUACACCACCACCAUCACUACACAUAUUUCCAGCACAAAAACUACAAAUUCAAUGAAUACUUCUGACACAGUCCUUACAAACACUUCCAUUCCAAGUACCACUGCCGUUUCCUCCACCAACACUAUAAACAGUAUAGGGCAUGAAGUAAAUAUUACUGAUGCAGAUAAUGUCAACAGUGUUUCAGGUAACACUACACACAUUUCUAUUCCAAAUACCACAACAGCCUCUGACGGGUUGAUGACUGCUGUUUUAGAUACAGCAAUCCACCAUCUGGUAAUAACAAAUUCUACAGCUAGUAAUUUAUCUAUUAUUGCAACUAAUGCCACCACAGAUGUUACAAAUAUUACCAUACAUGCUUUAAAUACUACCACUCCUGAUAGGAAAACAAUGGAUGCCUCUGCUACUGCAUCUACUUAUAUUGCAAAUGUUGUAAAUGCUACUAUAGUUCCAUGA